AUGUCACAAGAACCUGAGACCCCGGCAUCGGGGUCCCCGUUGUCUGAUAUCGACUCGGACGAAUUUCCAGAGGAUGUCAAGUUCAACAAUCGAUCGCGCUCUCAUUCGCGUGACUCCACCAUUUCAGCCUCAGAUGAUGACACAACUUCUCUAGUAAGCAACAUUGCGCGCAACGCCGGCAUGCCUCCUGCAAAACGUCGCAAAACAGGCACAUCAAGCUACGAUCAUACAACCCCCCAAUCUGCGUCUACAGCCAUUCCUCCAAGGUCACCAACGGGGUCCAUCUCCAGCGACACCGAUGGCUCAGUCCCGACUUCCCCUUCUUUUGCACAUCUUGGGCCUACUCAUCCUCUCUCCACCGCUUAUGCGGCCGCACAAGCCAACCCUGAGAAUCCCGAGUUGGCAGACUACGUUCAGGUGACGAGGUGUCUCUGGGAUGGCUGCACGGACCGUGAGCAGGGAAACAUGGACAACCUGGUCUCUCAUAUCAAUGACGUACAUAUUGUGCCUCGUCAGAAGAAAUACUACUGCGAAUGGGAGGGGUGUAUUAGGAAGGGACAGCCCCAUACGAGUGCCUAUGCACUCAAAGCACAUAUGAGAAGCCAUACCAAGGAAAAGCCAUUCAUGUGCCAGCUCCCUGAAUGCGACCGUAGCUUUACCCGGUCCGAUGCCCUUGCGAAGCACAUGCGAACGGUCCACGAAACGGAGGCUUUGAGACCCAGUGAUCCUGUUCCACGCGGGCACACAGGUGGUAUCUCGAAUGGAGGUGGUGGCCCACUGAAACGGCUUAAAUUGACCAUGGGGGGGAAGAGCAACGGCGAUAAAAAGGCCAGUCUCCUGGGAGAUUUACCACCCCUUCCGACUCGUUACACAGCUGCAAUGAUGGGUAUCAAGCCAGAAGACAUUGAGAUGGCCGAUGUGGACGGGUCUGAGGAGCUGGUCGAUGCCGUCGACGUAGACAGCAUUCCUUUCGGGUUGCCCAUUCCCAAGGACUUUUAUCCACCCGAUAUCUGGGAUGAUAUGGACGGGUAUGAAAGGGACCUGCCCCCGUCGCAGUACUUUGCUCUCUUACGGCGCCAAAUUCAAUGGGCUGAGCAGGAAGGACGUGAUCUGGAGCGUGAAUUGGGAGACUUGAGGUCACAGGUCGAGGAUGCAAGGGGCAACAUGUUAAGAAAGGGAUCCGGAGAUGAGAAGGGUGGUGACGAGACUCGCAAACUGAGAUGGCAAUUUGCAGAGGAUUUGCUGGAUACUCUGCUCACAGCCGAGGUUCAACAGGUCCAGGAGAUAUUCACCGGGGAGAAGAAGGUUGGCGAUGAGCAGAAUCCAUGGGCGCUUGUCAGAGGUCUGGAGCAACUCACAACUGCGUCAAUGGCGGCGGAAUAG